CCCUCUGUGAUGAUGUCACUGGGAAAGAAAGGUGACAUGUUUGAAGGGAAAGAGCCACAAAGAGAGCCGGCUCACUGUUGCCAUGGAGUCUUUGUGAGGCAGAGCUGGUCCAGAGAAGGGAAACAGGAGGUAAGCAACGGCAGGAAAAGGCCAUUGCCACAAGCUGGAAUACCUGAGCAUUUCUUCUCAAGGGCUCAGCUAGUGUAAUACUUGCACCAAGAAGGGCUUCAGACCUUUGGGAGAUGUGAUCUCCUUCUCACCCCAAAGAAAGAAAGGGGGCACAAAGCAAAGAAAUCCUCUAAGUCGUUUUGGGAAGCAGAGCUGCAGCAGAGAGACAAGAUGGCAGAGCAAGACUCAGUGGAUCCUGAGGCAGAGAAAGAUUCCCAUCAGAUCUGGAUGCGAAGAAGUGAGGAUCCCUGUGGAAAAGAAGGACAGACUCUCCUGGGUGAGGACAACCUGGGCUCGGAUGUACGGCGCCAGCGCUUCCGGGGGGUUUGCUACCGGCAGGCUGAAGGGCCUCGAGAAGUUUGUAGCCAACUCUGUGAUCUUUGCUAUGAGUGGCUGAAGCCAGAGAAGCAUACAAAAGCUCAGAUAUUGGACUUGCUGAUACUGGAGCAGUUCCUGGCUGUCCUGCCCGUGGAGAUAAAGAACUGGGUCAAGCAGUUUGGGCCAGAGACUAGUUCCCAGGCAGUGUCCCUGGCUGAAAGUUUCCUCCUAGAUCAGGCAGAAGACAAGAAGAAGGCGAGUUCUCAGGAGCCAUCAGACAUGGCCAUGGACUUCUCAGGUACAGAUUCCCCAAAUGAUACUGAGAAGAAGGUGCUGUCAUGGGAGACUGGGGAGGAGCAUGAUGGAGGUUCUCCCUCAAUGGAAAACAGAAGGACAGUUUCAGAUGGUGCGGGGAUCCCAUCUAGGUCACCUUCGCUUUGUGGAGAUAUUGAGACAGUUACUGUGAAAUCAGAACAGAGUCCAGAGACCUUUGAGGAGAUGCAUUUUGCUACAUCCCACCAAGGAGAUCUGGCUGAUGUCAAUGCCAGGCCAGGCGGAUCCAGCGAAGACAAUCACAGAGGAGAGCUGUGGAGCUGCGGAAACCUGUCCUCUCCAGGCGUGGCUUCUUCUCUGCCGCUGCUGGAUCAGACCAAAGCUCUGUGUGUGGAGAGUGAAAACGAUCGAGAAGUGGAGCAUCAGAAAAUCAAAAUUGAAGAAGAAAACAUUGCUCUGGAAGGCAUUGAUUUCCAUGAAAUUAUAGUGCCAGGGGAAUUUUGUGACGGAAACAACAAGAAUAUUCAAGAUGGAGAAAAACUCUUGAUAUGUUCUGAUUGUGGAGAGAGCUUCACUCAGGACAUAUUCCUAACUGAACAUCGAAAAAUUCACCCUCAGGAGAAAAUGCGUACAUUCUUGGAGUGCGGAAACCAGUUUAGUCAUAUCCCAGUCCUCACCUUUCCGCCACGAUUUGAUGCCGUCAGAAAGCCCUUUGGAUGCUCAGACUGCGGGAAACAUUUCAGCGAAAGCCAGGGCCUUAAAAGACACCAAAGGAUUCACAUGGAGGAGAAGCCCUUCAAGUGCCCGGAAUGUGGGAAAGGCUUCAUUCGUGGACCAGAACUCAAAGCCCACCAGAGAGUCCACACCGGGGAGAAGCCCUACAAAUGCUCCGUGUGCGGGAAGAUGUUCACCCAGAGUUCAAACCUUAGCAAACAUCAAAGAAUUCACACCGGGGAGAAGCCCUACACGUGUCCCGAAUGUGGAAAGAGUUUCAACCACAGCACACACCUCAAGAGACACCAACGAAUUCACACGGGGGCAAAGCUGUUCCAGUGCUUGGAAGUCCGGCAAGAGCUUCAGUCCAAGGAUCAUCCUUAAACUACACAAAAUAAAUUUACAGAGGGGAGAGGCCAAAUAAAUGCCCAGAGUGUGGGGAGAGCUUCGGCAGUAGCAGAAUGUGGAAAGGGUUUCGAUGAUAGCAGAAUCAUAGGAGUUGUGUGGAGGAGAAGCCAUAUAAGUGUUUAGAAUGUGAAAAGAGCUUCAAUCAGAGCCCACACCUGAAACAACAUCCACAAAUUCUCCGAGGAGAAGCCCUAGAAAUGCUCCAAGUGCAGAAAGAGUUUCAACCAGAGCGCACACGUCACACCUGUGAAACCAUACAGGUGCUUUGAGUGUGGAAGGAGUUUACAUCAAACUACAUAGAGUGGGCACCUUGGUUCACAUCAAAGAAUACGCAAGGAAGAGGAAUCCUGUAACAUUAUCUCUGUGACUGGGAUGUGAACAGAUUAAAGUCUUAUGUUGAAAACAAAACCCUUCAUUACAAAACCCUUGUGAAAGUAUGUGAAUAAUGAGUGUCUGUCAUAGGAUCAUAGAAUUGGGUUCCCAGGGGCCAUCCAGUCCAACCCCCUGCUAUGCAGGAAAAGCACAAUCAAAACCUUCCCAGCAGACAGCCUUGGUUUAAAAACUUCUAGAGAAGGAGGCUAAACCACACGCCCAGGCAUUGCUGAUCAGGUCUUAUUGUUGAUAUUCUAGUGGGAUCUCUUUUCCACUAUGAUGUCGAAGGCUUUCAUGGCCAGAAUCACAGGGUUGUUGUGUGUUUUCUGGGCUGCAUGGCCAUGUUCCAGAAGUAUUCUCUCCUGACGUUUCACCCACCUCUAUGGCAGGCUUCCUCAGAGGUUGUGAGCUAUGGAGAAACUCAGCAAGGAAGGUUUAUAUAUAUCUGUGGAAAGUCCAGGGUGAGAGAAGAACUCUUGUCAGUUGGAGGCUAGUGUGAAUGUUGUAGUUAAUCAACUUAAUUAGCAUUGAAUAGCUUUGUCUCCUGGCUUCUUCCUGCCUGGGGGCAUCCUUUGUUCAGAGUCGUUAGCUGCCCCUGGUUGAUUCAUGUCUGGAACUCCUCUGUUUUCAGAGUGUUGCUUCUUAUUUACUGUUCUGAUUUUUAAGUUUUUUUAAAAUACUGGUAGCCAGAUUUUGUUCAUUUUCAUGGUUUCCUUGCUUAGUUUCUCCAUACCUCACAACAUACCUCACACAUCUGAGGAUGCCUGCCAUAGAUGUGGGCGAAACAUCAGGAGAGAAUACUUCUGGAACAUAGCCAUGCAGCCUGGAAAACACACAACAAACCUCUUUUCCAGUAGUUUGAAUCCGUUGCUGUGUGUUCAGUUAAUGCAUUGUGAUUCCACUACUUGUCAAACUUUUCACAGCUCAAUGUGGUGAAAUCUUGGAUGUUGUAGUUUGUUUUUUAAUCAUGUCAGAGGCAAAUUGAGGCAAGUCGCUUCUGGUGUGAGAGAAUCGGCCGCCUUCAAAGACGUUGCUAGGGCUGACAGGUGGGAGCUCACCCCAUUUCGUAGAUUCGAGCUGCCAACCUUCAAGUCAGCAGUUCAGCCGGCACAAGGUUUUAACUUAUUUUGCCACCUCUUUGGCAGAGAAAGGCUAAAGGCCUUGCAAAGCUGCAGCUUCCAUGGUUCCUUAGCACUGAGCCAUAGUUGAUAAAGUCAUGUCCAACUGAAUUAAUUCUAUAGUGUAGAUGUGUCUCUAGUAUCUGGAGCAGCAGAAAACAAGUUUGUUGCCUUGUCAAUAUGACACCCUUUCAGAUAUUUAAAGAUGCGGUGAUUCAAUGGGUUAAACCCUUGUGCCGGCAGAAGUGAUCACCGAUAGGUCAGUGGUUCGAAUCUGGUGAGAGUGGGUGAGCUCCCUCUGUCAGCUCCAGCUCCCCAUGCGGGGACAUGAGAGAAGCCUCCCAGAAGGAUGGUAAAACAUCUGGGCGUCCACUAGGCAAUGUUCUUGCAAAUGGCUAAUUCUGUUAUACCAGAAGCGACACGGGGGGGAAAAUCAGGAGCAAUGAACUGGGUGCUCUGUGAAUGUGUGCAUCAUCUCAGGAGGGUGUGGUGAAUUGAAGAUUAUGGUAUUUUAGGUACAACAUUGUGGUACAGAAAUGGGCCUUUGGGGGUGACACCAUGAGCUAUCAUGGGGACACCAACACUAGUGACACUUUAAAAUCAGAUUAAAAACUGCUUUUAAAAUAAAAUCACACACAAGGUCUCUGUAAUAGCUAUUUUGUACUACAACUGUUACUGUCAGAUAUGUAGUUGCUGUGUUGUCGAAGGCUUUCAUGGCUGGAAUCACAGGGUUGUUGUGUGUUUUCCGGGCUAUAUGGCCAUGUUCCAGAAGUAUUCCCUCCUGACGUUUCGCCCACAUCUAUGGCAGGCAUCCUCAGAGGUUGUGAGGUAUAUGAAAGGGAAAGAGGCACCCAAGUUGCACCCAUAUACCUCACAACCUCUGAGGAUGCCUGCCAUAGAUGUGGGAGAAACAUCAGGAGGAAAUGCUUCUGGAACAUGGCCAUACAGCCCAGAAAACACACAACCACCCUAUGUAGUUGCUGCCUUCACAUUUCAACAUUUUAUGUAUUUACCAUCUGAACAAGAGUGAUCUAUACCUAUGAUGAUUGUUCAUGUGGAUUCCACAUUUCAUUUUUGGAUUUUUUUUCCUUUCUUGUACAGUUUUUGAGAUGAAAGACCUUUGGGAUAUUCUUCAUGAAAGAUUAAGAUUAAAAUUUACUCCCAAACUAGACGUUAUAUGGGGAAUUGGGGAAUGUAUUUGAAUUAGUAUAUAAGGGUCGAUAAUAUCUAUUUUGAUUCAACAAAUCAAAGAUAAGAGUCCAGGUUCAACAGAAAAUAUCAGGAAUCUAGACAUAGACAUAAGCAAGUUACUAACAGGAUGCCAACUCAGUUUGUUCCAACUAGAAUACAGGUGGAGCAUGUCUUAUCCCAAUGAUUCUCAACCUGGGGUCCCCAGAUGUUUUGGCCUUCAAUUCCCAGAAAUCCUAACAAGCUGGUAAACUGGAUGGGAUUUCUGGGAGUUGUAGGCCAAAACACCUGGGGACCCAUAGGUUGAGAACCAUUGUGACUUAUCCUAAAACAGAAAUGCUCCAAAAUUGUCAACAUGGGUGGCUUGAGAUAGAUGGUUCAGUAUACACAAAUUGUGUUUCUGGCACAACAUUUUUACAAAUGUGGUGUAUAAAAUUACCUUCAAAAUAUGUGUGUAAGAUGUAUAUGAAACAUAAACGAAUGUCAGGUGUAGACAUGGGUCCCAUCACAACUCCAAGGUUCAUUAUGUACAAUAUGCAAGUAUUCUAAAAUCCAAAAAUUUGAACACUUUUAGUUGCAAGCAUUUUAGAUAAGGGAUGGUCAACUGUGUACCCACCAAGCCAAUGGUGGAAUAAUGUGGUGGCAUGUAAGUAAAUCCAAUUGAGUAAAUAUGAGGGUUGAAAGAAAAGUAAUGCCUCCACCUUCAUAACUCAACAGAUGGCAGUCCUGGUCUGCGGCAGGUACUGGCUUGUUCAGUAGACUCUCCUCUACAGUUCCAUAUGGCGGGAAGCCUUAGCAUUGAACGGUUGUGUUGUUACAGUGUGAAGUAUGGAACCCUGCGCAGACGGGGAAGCCUUAGCACUGAACAGUUGUGUUGUUAAAGUGCAAAGUAUGGAACCCUGGGCAGACAGGGAAGCCUUAGCAUUGAACGGUUGUGUUGUUACAGUGCGAAGUAUGGAACCCUACGCAGACGGGGAAGCCUUAGCACUGAACAGUUGUGUUGUUAAAGUGCAAAGUAUGGAACCCUGGGCAGACAGGGAAGCCUUAGCAUUGAACGGUUGUGUUGUUAAAGUGUGAAGUAUGGAACCCUGCGCAGACAGGGAAGCCUUAGCAUUGAACGGUUGUGUUGUUAAAGUGAGAAAUAUGGAACCCUGCGCAGACGGGGAAGCCUUAGCACUGAACAGUUGUGUUGUUAAAGUGCAAAGUAUGGAACCCUGGGCAGACAGGGAAGCCUUAGCAUUGAACGGUUGUGUUGUUAAAGUGCGAAGUAUGGAACCCUGCGCAGACAGGGAAGCCUUAGCAUUGAACUGUUGUGUUGUUAAAGUGCGAAGUAUGGAACCCUGCGCAGACAGGGAAGCCUUAGCAUUGAACGGUUGUGUUGUUAAAGUGAGAAAUAUGGAACCCUGCGCAGACGGGGAAGCCUUAGCACUGAACAGUUGUGUUGUUAAAGUGCGAAGUAUGGAACCCUGAGCAGACGGUUGGUCAAUGCGACUUAAGCAACGUUCAGUCAUUGAAUUCUUGACAGCAGAAGGUGUCACCCCAAAGGAGAAAGAUGUCACCUUCAUUCUUGUAACAUGAGAGGAGUGCCUGGCAAAUUUCAAGUCUGCCACAUACCAGUACUGCCAUCUGUUGAGGAGUUAUGAAGGUGGAGGCAUUACUUUUCAUUCAACCCUCGUUGCUUUACUUUAUUGAGGGAAAACAGGAGAAACAUGCCAAGAGGAGGGCGUGGACCCAGAAUAGGUCCCAGUGCCAAAACUCAUACUUCUCAAAGACAAUUGUACUUGGCCGCAAGCGAUCGCGUAUGACCAUGAUAUGACUAGUUAGAUCUAAAAUAGGAUUUUAGACCCAUGUGUUUUACGUAGCACAGACUUUGAUCCAAAUAUCCAUGCACCAAGCUAAUGAUUUCCCAAUUGGAAAGUAAACUUUGCCAAGCAAGAGUUGGCAACUUUCAACUGACAGGAAGAACCUAUGUCUUCUACUUGAUGUGCAGAAGCGUUUUUGCAAACACUUCCAAUGUUUAUUAAUGUUUAAAUUUAAAAAGAUUCCUCGUAAACAAUGCAUCUACUUUUGGACCAGGAAAGGCUUUAUCUCCAAAUGGGAAAUUUGUACUUUGAGAAGGGAGGUUCUUCAAAUCAACAAAAAUGUGAACAUGUUUCCUUCCACAGACCUUAGAAAGCACACGAGAUGAAGGUUUUUAACCUCAAUGUUCCUUUCCAGUUUUUUUUUCCUGUUUACGCUCUAGGAGCCUUGUGUGACUUAUGCUCAAGUUCAGUGAUCAAACUGUCUAUCACCCCAGUUAUUUAUUAAUCUGAUGUCCUGCUAGUGCAACAUUUCAUGCUACCGCAGUAGUAUAAAGUUUCUUAAAAGUGACUUAAGGUACAUCUACACUGUUGAAUGCAUGGACUUUGAUGCCAGUUUAACUGCUGUGGCUCAAUGCUAUGUAAUACUGAAAGUCGAUGUUUAGAGGCACCAGCCUUUCCUUUGACUUGCGAAAAACGACAACUCCUAUGAUUCCAUAACAUUAAGACACAGCAUUAAGACACCACUUUACGUGACAUCAAACUGCAUUAUGUUGACAGUGUACAUCAAUAUACAUACGAGGGUUGAAUGAAAAGUAAUGCCAACUUGUGGACUUUGUUUUUGAUGGGGUUUUCCUUGCAAACAUGUUUUCCUGAGAGUCCAGGAGGUUCACAGAAGUGACAUAGCUUGGCCUUAUAAUUAAAACCGUGUUUGAAUUAUUGCUGCCAUUCUUGUCUCAAAAGAGCCAGAGAUUUCCCCAGGAGAAAAGGAAAUAAACAGCCAUCCUUCUGUGCCUCCGAGGGUUUGGCUUGGGACUUCGGACCUGUGGGAAAAGGUGGAAAGUUUUACUGUUGUUUUGCGUCUGGAAUAUAAUUUCACCCGGCCCUUCUGUGGCCCAGCUGUUGACUUAUUCUGACUCAUGCUGUGGCAUAAUGAAAACCAGAACUUGGGGAAAGUUCCUCUUUUGAAUUUUGUAGCUCUUUAAGUAAACCACAGCUGUGUUGUUGUGUGUCUUUCGGGCUGUGUGACCAUGUUCCAGCAGUAUUCUCUCCUGAUGUUUUGCCCACAUCUAUGGCAGGCAUCCUCAGAGGAUGCUAAUUAAUGCUAAUUAAGUUUAUUAACUACAACAUUCACACUAGCUUCCAACUGACAAGAGUUCUUCUCUCACCCUGGACUUUCCACAGUUAUAUAUAAACCUUCCUUGCUUAGUUUCUCCAUGCCUCACAACCUCUGAGGAUGCCUGCCAUAGAUGUGGGCGAAACGUCAGGAGAGAAUACUUCUGGAACAUGGCCACACAGCCUGAAAGACAUACAACAAUCCUGUGAUCCCGGCCAUGAAAGCCUUCGACAACACAUUAAACCACAGCUGCCUAUAUCUGGGUGUGGUGGUGUGUUGUGGUGAGUGGCUUUGAGUAUCCUUGUGGAGAGAAAAGCAGGGUAUGAAUAAACAUAAUUAUUAUUAUUGUUA